AUGCACCCUAGUGCUUCUUCUAGCUCUGGAGCUCGAUCUGAAAUCGAAAACUUUUCCUAUUACUCUGGCGGCAGGGUGAGGUACGAUCCAAACAGAAAAGCCCUGGAAGGCAGUGAUCUUGAGGAGCAUUUCGGCGCUGAACUACAUUAUGAUGGCGUACCGAUGUUGAAUGUAGAAAAAGUUCCUGUAAGCAAAGUGCAGGACGCUAUGGCCACCUACAAACGGGUCUGGAUUGUUGGUCGUCCUUCUCCUACAGGGGGGUACAAGUACAUGCAGCUAAUUAAAGGCGGUGGUGAAGAUAUCUUAGUAAGGCCUGAAGACGAAGAUGAUAUUCGUAAGCAUUUCCUGGAUGCGCAAAAGUUCGGGUUGGACAAUGGUAAGGAAGCUCAGGGCCUUCUAUACGGGCGUCCGUUCGACAAACGAAAACGGUCAAUAUUCCGCCCUUAUAAGGUGCCUGAAUGGGAAGCUAUAGAAAAGCCGGAGAUCACCGUGUACGAUCUGAAAAACACAAGGUUCAGGCAUCUGCGCAGUACCCUUGACCAGUAUAACUACCUCAAAAUUCGUGAUUCAGCUCGUGGCAAGUUGCUCGGCUUCAAAUUAGAUAAAGACGGCGGGGUGCUUUUCAAAGACUUGAGUCAUUACCUUGGCCGGGCGUAG